AUGCACAACCAAAUGGCUUAUAACUUGUCGAUCCCCUUCUUCUUUUCCACCUCCUCCUCCUUCUUCUUUCUCCUUCAUCUUGUCUCGCCCCUCCCCAGUAUGUGCUACCCCGAGUCUUGCGGCGCCAACGAGCCGGAUAUCCGAUUCCCAUUUGGUCUGAAACAAUUCCAACCGGAUGAACGUUGCGUGUACCCCUGGUUCGAUCUCUCGUGCAACGGCCAAAACCGAACAACUCUAAGUAUCCCGCUCUCUGGGGAAUUCACCGUGGUUUACAUAGAUUAUGCGCAACGAGCUAUAUUGAUUCAAGACCCGGACGAUUGCCUCCCCAACCGGCUCCCCAAUUUCACUCCUUCGAGUUCUAAUUGGUUAGUGCAACAAUAUACCAAAUUCACAUUCUUCAAAUGCCCAAUGGAGUCACAAGCCAACGAUACGUUCCCGCGCAUGCCUUGUUUAGACGGCCAAAACUACUACGUUGUGGUCGUCCCGACGGACAACUUGUCGAGCCAUAGUAGUUUGCUGCCGUCGGAGUUGCAGUGCAAUUAUAGCCAUGAUAUAUCGAUUCCGACCAUGGAUAACGAUUUUAUGUGGAACGGGAAGUUGUCUAUUGGCUUGACGUGGAACGAGCCUUUCAAUUGUAGUGACUGCGCAACACGUGGAGAGACGUGUGGAUUCAAGGGGAAGAAGGGUUUGGAGACUGGAUGCAUCGUCUGGCAGCCUAAUACGGAGAGUCCGAAGCGUGAUACCACUAGUCAAUGGAUCAUCCUGGAGAUUUUCGCAACAUGUUUCAUGUUCACCGCAAGCAUGGUGAUAGCCCACAAAUUGCGAGCCCGAUGCCUGGCUCAACGAGACCGAACCAAUCCAUCUUCUCUGCCUAGCCAAGCUCUAGCCCUUGCCGUUAUAUCAGGUUUGGACACGCCUACGAUCGAGUCAUACCCUACGACUUGUGUCGGCGAUGUGGAAGGAUCGAUGCCUCAGGACAACAGUUGCUCGAUAUGCUUGUUGGAGUACAAAUCAAAGGAGGUGUUGCGCACAUUACCGGAAUGCAAGCACAGCUUCCAUGUCCAUUGCAUCGAUCCAUGGCUGAAGAGGAAAGCCAGUUGCCCUGUCUGUAGGAAUCACCAAGGGUCUGCCAAGUCAACGGUCUCAACUCAAGGUGAAGAUACUUCAUAUGCUGAUGAUACCAUCGGAAAUCAACAUGUGACGCAACAAGUCGAUUAA